AUGGAGAAUAAAAGCUUAGAAGGCUCGCCAUCAGAUCUAAAGUUAGUGGCUCAUCCAAGAGCAAAGAGUAAAGUAUGGAAGUACUUUGGGUUUGAUACUAAUGCAGAAGGAUGCAUAUUACAGUGGAAGAAAAUCUAUUGCCGCAUCUGCAUGGCCCAAAUUGCCUAUUCAGGAAACACGUCCAACCUUUCAUACCACCUUGAGAAAAAUCAUCCUGAUGAGUUCUGUGAAUUUGUGAAAAGUAACACUGAGCAAAUGAGGGAAGCGUUUGCUACUGCAUUUUCAAAACUGAAGCCAGAAUCAUCACAGCAGGUUGUUCAAGACACUUUAAUUAUGAAGACCAGCCACAAUUAUGAAAACAAAAAGCAUCAAGAAUUGACUUCUGCUGUGAUUAGCCUAAUUUGUGAGGGCAUGUAUCCUUCCUCUAUUGUUGAUGAACCCACAUUCAAGGCACUUUUGAGAACAGCUGAUCCUAGAUAUGAACUUCCUAGCAGGAAAUAUUUCUGCACAAAAGCAAUUCCUGAAAAAUACAAUGCUAUUAGAGAAAUUGUGUUAAAAGAACUUACUGAAAUUCUAUGGUGUGGCAUAUCCACUGACAUGUGGAGAAGUGAAAACCAGAAUAGAUCGUAUGUAACACUUGCAGUUCAUUUUCUGAACAGUAGCCCUUCUAACUGUCUGGCUGUUAACUCCCGGUGUUUAAAAACGUUUGAAGUGCCAGAGGAAAAUACUGCAGAAACUAUUACACGAGUCCUUUAUGAAAUCUUUAUUGAAUGGGGGAUCAAUACAAAAGUCUUUGGUGCUACAACAGAUUAUGGUAAAGACAUUGUGAAAGCUUGCUCUCUCCUAGAUAUUCCAGUACAAAUGCCUUGUUUGGGGCAGACUUUUAAUGCAGGAAUACAACAAGCUUUUCAGCUUCCAAAACUGUGCAGCCUUCUUGCCAGGUGCCGAAAACUGGUGGAAUAUUUUCAGCAGUCCACGGUCGCAAUGUACAUGUUAAGUGAGAAGCAGAAGCAACAAAAUAUUCUGCACUGUAUGCUUGUAAGUGAUCGUGUUUCCUGGUGGGGAAGCACACUUGCCAUGUUGCAACGUCUUAAAGAACAGCAGUUUGUAAUUGCAGCAGUUCUUGUGGAGGACAGCAAUAACCACCAUCUGAUGCUGGAAGCCAGCGAAUGGAAUACAAUUGAAGGCCUGGUGGACCUACUUCAGCCCUUUAAACAGGUUGCUGAGAUGAUGUCUGCUUCAAAAUAUCCAACAAUAAGCAUGGUGAAACCCCUCCUCCACAUGCUUCUAAAUACCACAUUGAACAUCAAAGAGAAUGAUUUGAAAGAAAUUAGCAUGGCCAAGGAAGUGAUAGCCAAAGAGUUAUCAACAACAUACCAGCAUACACCUGAGAUAGACAUGUUUCUCAAUGUUGCAACUUUUCUGGACCCUAGGUACAAAAAACUACCUUUCCUUUCAGCAUUUGAACGGCAACAGGUAGAAAACAGAGUGGUGGAGGAAGCAAAAAGCCUUUUGGAAAAAGUAAAAGAAAACACUUUCAGGCCUGAAGAAAAGUUCUUUACAGUGUCAGAAGAGCCACCUGUGAAAAAAAUAAUUAUCUCCUCUACCCCUCCCCCUACCAGCGCAAUCAAUAAUAUGCUUGCGGAAAUCUUUUGCCAGACAGGAGGGGUGGAAGACCAAGAGGAAUGGCAUGCUCAGAUUGUUGAGGAAUUGAGCAACUUUAAGUCACAAAAGGUUCUUGGUCUAAAUGAAGACCCACUUAAGUGGUGGUCUGACAGACUAGCAUUAUUUCCUGUUUUACCAAAGGUACUUCAGAAAUAUUGGUGUAUUCUUGCCACAAGAGUCUUCCCUGAACGCCUUUUUGGUUCCUCUGCUAAUGUUGUAAGUGCUAAGAGAAACCGGUUAGCCCCAGCUCAUGUUGAUGAGCAGAUCUUUUUGUAUGAAAACACUCGCAAUGUGUCUGAAGCAGAACCUGAAGAUGAGGAUGAAGGCGAGUGGUGCUUGGAACAGGAACAGAUUUUUAAUUUAAAUGACACAGUAAAUGUAAGCAGCAAUUUCUUUAAUAUCCGAGACAGUGGGUUCAUUUAA